CACGUCCAGUUGACUGACAGCUCGCGCCGCGGCAUCGGGAAAGGACCCGGCUGCUCGCGGGCGGCGCAGUCGCCGCAGCCGCGGAGUCGGACCGCGCCGGUUCGCUGCGCUGUGUGCCCGCGGUGAGAGAUGCUGUAGGGCCAGGUGAGCUGCUGCGAAGGACUCAUUCUUGGUGGCCAGCAGUUACCGGCAACUUGUGAGCUUGGUGGGCUCCUACUAACACACCUGGGACGCCAGGCUGCCGGGCUCCCCUCCAGGCAGCCUCCCCAGCAGCUCCCCAGAGCCAUGGAGGCCCCGGAGGUCCCCAUGGGCUCGCUAAUCGACUUUGGGCCUGAGGCACCCACCUCCUCUCCCCUGGAGGCACCACCCCCUGCACUGCAGGACGGGGAUGGCUCCCUGGGGGAUGGCGCGUCAGAGAGUGAGACCACUGAGUCUGCGGACAGUGAGAAUGACAUGGGCGAGUCACCGUCACACCCGUCCUGGGACCAGGACCGCCGCUCCUCCUCCAACGAGUCCUUCUCCUCCAGCCAGAGCACCGAGUCUACCCAGGAUGAAGAGACCCUGGCUCUCAGGGACUUCAUGCGUGGCUACGUGGAGAAGAUCUUCUCUGGAGGGGAGGACUUAGAUCAGGAGGAGAAAGCCAAGUUUGGAGAGUACUGCAGCAGUGAAAAUGGAAAAGGCCGGGAGUGGUUUGCUCGAUACGUGAGUGCCCAGCGCUGCAACUCCAAGUGUGUCUCAGAGGCAACCUUCUACCGCCUGGUGCAGUCUUUUGCAGUGGUGCUGUUCGAGUGUCAUCAGAUGGAUGACUUUGGGCCUGCCAAGAACCUCAUGACCAUGUGCUUCACCUACUACCAUAUCGGAAAACCGCAGCUGCUGCCCCCGGAGGCCCGGGAGAAGCCCGCGGGCAGCAUCGACUCCUACCUGAAAUCCGCAAACAGCUGGCUGGCUGAGAAGAAGGACAUCGCCGAGCGGCUGCUGAAGAACACCUCGGCCAGGACGGAGAAUGUCAAGGGCUUCUUCGGGGGGCUGGAGACCAAGCUGAAGGGGCCCCUGGCCAGGAGGAACGAGGAAGACGAGAGCAAACCCCAGGAGAAGCGGCCCAGGGCUGUGACUGUGUACAGCCCCGAGGACGAAAAGAAGGGGGAGAAGAUCUACCUGUACACGCACCUGAAGCAGCAGCCCAUCUGGCACACGCUGAGGUUCUGGAAUGCAGCCUUUUUUGACGCUGUCCAUUGUGAGAGGACAAAGCGAUCUCCCACUACCAGAGGGGAUGCUGGAGAGGAGGAGGAGAAGAGGGAGAAGUGGUGCCACAUGACGCAGGAGGAGCGCGAUGAUAGCCUCCGGUUCAACGAGAACAUCACCUUUGGGCAGCUGGGCACGUUCUCGCACAACAUGCUGGCCUUCGGACUGAACAAGAAGCUGUGCAAUGACUUCCUGAAGAAGCAGGCUGUGAUUGGCAACCUGGAUGAAGAGCAAUACAAGCUGCUUAGUGACCACAUUGAGCAAAUGGCCACUGAGUAGGCCCCAGAGGUCACACUCUGCAGGAGGACUGAGACCAUGCGCCAUUCUCCCGGGCCCAGUGCCCGGUCGUCACCCCACCCGUGACCUGCAUGAAGCCAGCAGCACCCAGAGCCGCACCUGCUGCCCUAGAACUAGUGGUUAGAAGAAUCCGCUGCUCCUCCCUCUUCUCUGCCUGUGUCUGCGCCCCCCUAUCCAUGUGCCAAAGUGUCCCUUGGGUCACAUGGCUAAAGCCAAGGUGACCUGCUGUACCCCGAGUGCCAGGCUUGUGAGAUGAGACCAAGAGGGAGGAGGGGAAGGACUCCGUGGGCCAUCAUGGGCCCAGGGCUGGCAAGGGUAGGGGCGGGCAAGGGAUGCAGGCAGGACAGCCAUGAGGGGGGGCUGCAGCCGGCACACCCAGUAGUGGAGGACUGGCCCUGCCACUCAUGGUGGGCGGCCCUGGGCCACAUUCCCUGCAAUGGGUGCACAUGUGGCUCCCAUCCAGCCCUCUCAGUGUGGGGCUGUGACCGGUCCUCACUCUUCCCCAGUCUCCCUCUGUGGGGCAGGAACGGGAAGUCACAGGACCCUUGAGGAAGAAACGCCUGUUUUAGGGAGAGAGAGGGAGUGGUGCAGAGGAUGCUCUUGGCUGGCUGGAGCAAGACCCGGCUCCCACCAGAGGGACGUGUGUGUGCCCUGCAGACGGCCGGGAUCUGUGUGUCUCCGCCAGAGCCACAGCAGUGCCGAGGUGUCUGCAGCAGACCACACAGACCGUCUGAAAUGCACCCGCCUGGUGGACAGCUCCCUUCUGAAGCAGAGAAGGCUCCGUGGUCACGAAGCAGCGUUGUGCCGUGUGUCCCUCACAAGAAGCACAGGAAAGAGAAGUUUCUUUAGUAGUCACUAGACAACCACCCUUUCUAAAAGCAAACAGUGCUGCUCUUUAUUCCAGACAAGGCAGGAAAGUCUGAGCUGGGAGAGACAGCAGCUGGAGAGAGGCAGUUCUGUGUGACGUGUGGGGCGAGCCAGUGGCAUGGACUCUGCCUCUAAGGGCUGAGCACUGGGUCUCUGCCCCCAGGGGCUCCGGAAGGGGCUUUUUCCUUCCCCACCAGACCUUUGCAGCUCCUUCCUCCAGCCUCUGCAGAGACUCCCUUCACCUCGCACCUACUGCCUGGGAACCAUGGCCCUUCUCUUCUGUGGAUCUGUACCAGGCACUCCAGGCCAGCCCGUGGACCCGGGGCCUGACCCUGACACCUGCAUGCUGGGUCCAGAGCCUUCUGUUUCACCAUGCGUGGACGCUGCCAGCCUGCCUGGGGUCCCCUGCCUCCUACCCGUCGCUGCUGUGGUCCCUGACCGCCAAAUAGGCCCGCGGGGCUCUCCCUUCACCCGCCAUCCUCCCCUCCUGCCCUUCCUGGCUACCUCCUCUGACAUUCGGUCAGAUAAGUCCCGUCUUGUUUGUAAGCCUGAGAGUCACUAACCCGGCCGCUGCUUGGAAGAUUUCCCUCCAGGGAAUGCCUCCCCGGAAUGGUCCAGAGACGAGCACAGAUUGGUUGGAUCACAGAAUGUGUGUCUGGGGCAUUAUCUGAAAUGUGGUGUCAUCUGAUGCAUUUGGACCACAUGUCGCCAGACUGCAGAAUGGGGGAGCCGGGCCUCAGGGCCCCUGGCUACAUGGUGCGUGAGUGAUUUCAGCCUGGCAGUGCCGCUGGCCGGACUGUGGCCAUGCUGCCAGUGCGCUCGCCAUGAGUUGGGCUGGGGUGGGGGAGUUGCGCAGGCUGGGGUGCCCCUUCCCCCAUCGUUGGACCCCAACGGCCGUGUCUCCACCGAAUCCAUUUAGAGAAACAUCACAGAGCAAGGGGUGUGCGGACGCCCCUCGCUCUGAUGCCAACUGCAAAUAAUACACACCUCCUGCGGCGUCCAGCCACAGCUCCAGGGCACUGCUCUCCUCCCCACACUGGCGAAACUCGGGCCACGCUGAGGGCUGACUGUCCAGAGGCUCCCUUCAGCCGCGUCGUUGUCAGCGUUCUUAGUCAUGUAUUAUUCGUGUUAGUGAAACGCAUUCAGCUUUUGUUCUGCGGUGCCCACAAGACUUACCCCUGCAUGUGUAGGAUUUUUGUUUGGAAGUUUUGUUUGAUUCUGAGACUCUCUUGGGCACUGGAGGGCUUGUGCACAGCCUCUGGAAGGAAAGGCAGCACUGACUUCGUUGGACUUUUUUCCAAGCACUUUGACUUCAAAAAUGGUCUUGACACUUUUUUGUCCACAUAGACCUCUUGAAAUAGCCAUUUCAGGGAGAGGAAAGGUGUGGGGUUUUGUCUGUUUGUUUAUUUCUCCCUUUACUACCUGUUCUUGUAGAUCUAGCUCCUCAGAGUUGGAGGAAGCCUGACAGAGAAGGGUCCCCUCUGUGCUCCAUCCACACAGGACGCCCGAGAGACAGCUGCUUGUGCUGUGAGCGCAGCAGGCAGUGGCUCGGGAAGCUGCCUGUGGCCUCCUGCUAGCCAUGGCUGACAGUGGCUCUGGCCAGGGUUGCCUGGAGGAGGUCCAGUGUGCCUGGGACAGGGCUGACCACCUGCCACCAAGGUUUCCUCUCUUCCCCCAGGGCCUGGGCAGAGCAGGCGUGAGCUGGGCCCUGAUGCGGAGCAGACUGACCCAGCCACACUGCUCAAAGAUCCCCGCGUGGGGAGGUGUCACACCAGGGCACACCCAGGGCCACCUGGGUAUAGGAGAACUCUGGUGGCCCCUCUGUAAACUCAGGAAGUGUCAGGUGAUUCCUAGGAAGAGGUUCCCAGCCCCAGCAGACAGAAUGCCCAAAACUAGGGGCGCAAAGGCCUGUUGUCCAUGGGGCCGUUGCAGGCACUCUGUCGCCCGACCUUGAGGACUGUGUGAAUCCUAGUGAACCAAAACACAAACAACUUACUCAAGUGAAAAGCUCCCUGCUUUGAAAACAGGACAUGUUGACAUGCAGCAUUGUAUGUUUUUAGCCUUUGUUACAAUUUUAGCAACAUUGAUGGAAUUGUAGCAACAUUGAUAGAUGUUUAAGAGGGGCUGUGUUAAUAGAUUGCCUCUGCCCUGUGCAUGCACAUGUUUAACCAAAGGCCAGAGAACUGAAUUCUGAUGUCAUGAGUUAUCUGUAAGUGAAAUGGGGUAGGCUCUAUGAUUUUCCUAUUGCCAAAAGAAAGAAAAUGGGCCAAAGAGCUCUGA